GAGCGAAGAAUGUAGGCCCGGCCGCUCCCCAUGGUAAAACAAAAUAAUCCGGCGAUGCUGGAUGUUCAAACCGGGGCACCCCCAGCCCCGCCGCCGGCAGCAGGUUCACCUCAUAUUUUGCUACGCUGUCCUCCUCAUCCCGUCCCGGCCUGGCUCGGCUGAGCGCCCUCAGCGACGCCCGAGCUGCCAGGAGAAAAGAGCGGAAGGAUAUCCUUGGGAGGCGGCCUGCUCCGCCUAAGGAGAGAGUGUGACAGAGGAAGUAGUUCCGGCCCCGACUGGGCCUUGUUUCCCAAAAAUAGCGCCCAGCGGGUAUCCGUGCGCCGGUGUCAGUGUCUCCUGAGGAGCCUCAGCGGGGAGGAGGCAGGAGCGACGGCGGCAGGGAGCGAGGGGACGCGGGCGGGGGCUUAUAAGAAGAAGUAGGAACGUUUUCUCAAGCUGAAGACAAAGUAAAAGAAAACUGUAUCAUGUGUUAGAAUACUGAAGAGUGACAUUUCUUGGAUUAGUGUAUUUCUGGAUUGUAAAGCAAAAGAAAGAAGACGCUGAAAAUGGGGAGAAAGAAAAUACAGAUCACAAGAAUAAUGGAUGAACGGAACAGACAGGUCACCUUUACAAAGAGGAAGUUUGGAUUAAUGAAGAAGGCAUAUGAGUUGAGUGUACUCUGUGACUGUGAAAUAGCACUCAUCAUUUUUAACAGCUCUAACAAACUCUUUCAGUAUGCCAGCACUGAUAUGGACAAAGUUCUACUUAAAUACACAGAAUACAACGAGCCCCAUGAAAGCAGAACCAACUCAGAUAUCGUUGAGACCUUAAGAAAGAAAGGCCUUAAUGGUUGUGAGAGCCCUGAUGCUGACGAUUACUUUGAGCACAGUCCACUAUCGGAGGACAGAUUCAGCAAACUAAAUGAAGAUAGUGAUUUUAUUUUCAAGCGAGGCCCUGCUCUGAACAAGAAGGAACACAGAGGGUGCGACAGCCCGGACCCUGAUACUUCAUAUGUGCUCACGCCACAUACAGAAGAAAAAUAUAAAAAAAUUAAUGAAGAGUUUGAUAAUAUGAUGCGGAAUCAUAAAAUCGCACCUGGGUUGCCUGCUCAGAACUUCUCUAUGUCGGUUACAGUUCCAGUGUCCAAUCCCAACACUUUAACCUACAGUAACCCAGGGAGUUCCCUUGUAUCCCCAUCACUGGCAGCCAGUUCAUCAUUAACGGACACGACCAUGCUCUCCCCACCUCAGACCACCCUGCAUCGGAACGUAUCACCUGGGGCCCCUCAGAGACCGCCAAGUACUGGCAAUGCAGGUGGAAUGCUGGGGACAACUGACCUCACAGUGCCAAAUGGAGCUGGUACCAGUCCAGUUGGAAAUGGGUUUGUGAAUUCUCGAGCUUCUCCAAGUCUACUCGGAACUACUGGUGGCGGGAAUGGCUUGGGUAAAGUCAUGCCUACAAAGUCUCCACCUCCACCUGGAGGAGGUAAUCUUGGAAUGAACAAUCGCAAACCAGACCUCCGUGUUGUCAUCCCGCCCUCCAGCAAGGGUAUGAUGCCACCAUUGUCGGAGGAGGAUGAAUUGGAGUUGAAUACCCAAAGGAUAAGUAGUUCUCAGUCUACACAGCCUCUUGCUACCCCUGUGGUGUCUGUGACAACUCCAAGCUUGCCUCCGCAGGGAUUGGUAUAUUCGGCCAUGCCCACUGCCUACAACACUGAUUACUCCUUGACCAGUGCAGACCUGUCUGCCUUGCAGGGGUUCAACUCCCCAGGAAUGCUGUCCUUGGGGCAGGUAUCUGCCUGGCAACAGCACCAUCUCGGUCCAGCAGCCCUCAGCUCUCUUGUUACUGGCAGCCAGCUAUCUCAGGGUUCAAAUUUAUCCAUUAAUACCAACCAAAACAUCAACAUAAAAUCUGAACCAAUUUCACCUCCCCGGGACCGUGUAACUCCCUCUGGGUUCCCGCAGCAGCAGCCACAACCGCAGCAGCAGCAGCAGCAACAACAGCAGCAGCAGCAGUCGCGACAGGAAAUGGGUCGCUCUCCUGUUGACAGCCUGAGCAGCUCCAGCAGCUCCUACGACGGCAGCGAUCGGGAAGACCCGCGAAGCGAUUUCCAUUCACCGGUUGUGUUGGGAAGGCCUCCGAAUUCCGAAGAUAGAGAGAGUCCGUCGGUAAAACGAAUGAGGAUGGACACAUGGGUGACAUAAACUUGCAGUGCUGCCGCUUCAGUUUUGUGUUCUCAAAAUGAACUGUCCUGACAUAUCUAAAUUUAUAAAUAAGGACAUGAAAUAAGUAUAUUUAUAUGUAUAUACAUACAUGCAUAUAUAUAUCUCCACAUGCAUAUAUAUGUGCUAGUGUGUGUAGCAUACACAAAAUCAUCAGGCACUUACGACAAACUUCUUGUAUAGCUGCAGCUGUCCCAUGGUAAAAUGUAACAGAACAAUCCCGUAGGUAUUGAUCUAGUCUGGCACUUACCUGGACUUGUUGUUUUAAUAAUAUAUCCUGUUUUGCAAAGAAACAUUGUACCCGCAUUAUAAUCCUACCACACUAGAUUGCAGAAACCAAGAGGGCUCGCCUGUAGUAAUGUCCCUGUGUGUUUUAUUCAAGCUGUAUGGUUACUUGUAGUUAAGAAAUAAUGCUUUGUAGCAGCAGAGCAGUAGAAAAGCAGGAAGAAGAAAGCAAUACUGUACAUAAAACGACCUUUAUAUUACCCAACCUGGCAUGGGUCUCUAUUGCAGAGGGUGCAUGGAGAAGGGCUGAUGCUAUAAGAAAUUAAAAAAAAAAACAACACAAAAACCCUGUUUUGCACGUGCAAAAAAAUAGUGUAUUGGGUCAAAGAAGUGAUUUUUUUAAUGAGUGAAAGAGAGACAUAGAGAACUCGCAUGAAAUAUUCAGAAAAUAUUAGCCUAGAAAAUAGAACAUUAACAAAAUAAAAUUAAUAUAUUAAGUUAUAAUUGGAAUAUGUUUGACAAAUUUGUUUUUACGUUCAUACCUUUGAAAAAUAUAGAAAUGGAUUUUAGCUCAUGUAUAUUUUAUAUUAAAGAAAACAAUACCCUAAUGAAUUGAAGACUAUAUAUAAAGUUAUAUACAGUACUUUUGAACACAUUCUGCUAUGAAUUAUUUAUAUAAGCCAAAGCUGUAUGUUGUAGCUUUUUUGUAGAGUAUAGUUUUAUCUUAUUUUGACUUUCUAGUUUUUGCUUUCAAAGAUGAAAAGGAAAAACUUGCAGGCGGAACCUUGGGGGAAAAAUAAGCCAUGAACACUUAUGUAAAUUUAAAUUUGAGCCAAACUCUUUGUGUAUAUAGCAUCCUAAAUAUAUUAUCACCUUUGGUGUAAGUACCUAUGUAUUGUACGUUCACCAGAUUAAAAAGUAUAUUUUUGUGGAUUGACGCCAACUUGAAAAAAGGCGAGGUCCUUAUUAAGUAGAGUAUUCACUGUUUAAUAUUUACUAUUUUGUUAAAUAUACUGUACUUUCUUUGGAUUUUAAUUAUUAUUAAUAUUAUUAUCCAGAUUUUUCAGAGGGUGUAUAAAGGGGUUGUCCCCCUCACUGGUGGUGAAUGUGUGCUGUUAAAUUGUAAUCUCUGUGCUGUAUGGUUAAGCUUCAUUAUACAUUUUAUAUAUAUGUAUAUAAAUAGCAAAGUGGCAAAAAAAAAAAAAUCCGGUGUUAAGUUCAUCCUGCAUAAAUAUAAAAAAAUCUGUUACAACACAUUUUAAGGCAUCAUGUUAAAGCUGCCUCUUCUGAGGAGGGAAAAAAAAGAAAAAAACAGUGGAAAAACUUGACCUGAUUUCUCCUGAUAGGGAAAUAACACAUAUCAGAUGAGCACAAAAGGUUUUUUAAGUUGGUAAGUGGUUUGGGAUAAAACCUCAGCCUCAGAAGUAAAUUUGCUGGUCCCCUCUGCUGCUCCUGUGACCCAGAGGGAGGAAUCGUGUCCCAGCAGCUGGCUGGGGCAGGGCUGGUUUUGUACCUGGCUGGGUGAGGAGCCACCUGGCACAGUCUGGCUGUUGUGGUAAGGACAGGGAGGGCACUGCAGCCUCUCCUGGCAACUUCUCCCAUCGAAGGGGGCAGAGCUGGGUGUUUGAGCAGCAAAAAGUCGCAGGAGUCAAAAGCCUGGUGUACUGGUUUGUACGGGCCUGCUUUGGUGGAGCUGGUUUGGGUCAGGGAGUGUUCCUGCUUUGUGGAAAUGGGGUCUGUUUCCAGGUCCUUGCUGUGCAUCUCCCUUCAUACUGGGAACCGAAUUUCAUUACUGCUGGUAGUUCUAGUUCUGGGUGAGAAACUACAGUGCUAUUCUGUCAUCCAAACUCCCUUCAUGUCAUCCCUGAUGUUUAUUAAAUUUUUGCCUGGGCUUUAAUUUUUUUUUUAAUUUAAAAAAAAAUCAUUUACUUGAUACUGUAAGAAGUGUGAGAAAUGGAAAUCCAGCGGGGACAGCGACCUGGCUGCUUGCUUUAAUGUGUGAUUCAAGAACAAAGUCAGUACAUAUGGCUCCCCAAACCGUGCUCUUGUUGUCAUGGUAACUUUAACAACUGUACAGGUUGCAGUUCCUUUCAGCCACUUACCUUUGGAACAAAUUCCUCUCCAGUUACUGCAGUUAGUUACCGGUUUAUGGAAGCAUAGAGGAAAAUGAGCCUCAUUCUAACAGCACCUCUGUUCCCGAAGUGACUGAAUUCACUUACCACUUCAGAGAACCUUUUAAUGCUCUGAAAAGUUAUGUGAUUUUUUCAUUAUUUAUGCACAUAUAUGAACUUUGCUGUACAUCUGAGUGGGAGUUCUGCAUUCACAUUUACUGUCUAUUUUCUUGUGUGCCUUAUAAGAUGGCUUUGCUGACUGUAUCUCAAUAGUCUUUAUUUCUAUGCAGGUUUUUAAACAGUACUAUUACUGUUUUCUUAAAGAAAAAAAGCUACAUAAGGGUUAGAGUUUGUAUUGAAAUUGCACCAAUGUAUUAAAAAAACCCCAGAUAAUCAGCUCUUAAGAGCUGCUACUGGGACUGUUCACGUGUUGCCCCAGACCCUCCACCAGACUCAGCAGAACAAGUCUUUCACAGACCUCCCGCGGUAGGGGAGGAUCUCAUGCUGUUGAAUAAAUGGGAAUCCUGAUUUUUAGUAACAAGUAACUGACUUUGGAACAUACUUUUUUAGGAAUUGUAAAAAUGUUUUAUAAAAAAAGAAGACAUAGCACAGGUAUUUGAACAGGUAAAAAAUACUUUUUUAAAUUAACUAUACUGAAUGAAGUUGCAAGUGGAUCCAAUCCUAGUCUGAACCCAUUCAAGUCUGAAUGAUUUAAGAUUUUUAUCUGCUCUUGUGACAAAUCACCUCUCCAUCUUUGAGCUCUCACUGUAGUGUUUAAAAAUACAUGUUAUCAGGGAUUCGUCAGAGAAAAAUGCUUUAGCCUUUCCUUUCACUUAAAGGACACUAAUGCAUCAGAAACUUGCGAAUUACUGUGCGCACAAGAAAUACAUAGUAAAUAAGGAACAAAAUAACUCCUAACAAUUGAUCAUGGAAGAAGUUAAAUUAGAAUGUGAAAGAAAGACUUAACAAAUGUAAACGUUUAAAUCUUAGUAGAAACUUUCUUCACUUUGCUGUGCAAGAGAACACUGCUUUGCUAUAUUUAAAAUGGCUUUUUUAAAAGAGAUUUAUGUAUUUGGUAAAUGUUUGUAGUCAACAGUUCACAAAGAAGCUGUUCACGGUUUAAUGAUGAUAAGCCGUUUGGCGGCACAAGCUGGACUUUGUUGCCAUCCUUGAGACGAAUCUUUUAAGAAAAAAAUAAGUUAAUCUCAAUUUUUUCCCUGAAUGUGUUGUUUUUUCUUCAAUAUACAAUAAAUAUUCUAGUGAACUUUUUAUCAAAUGGUUAAGAAAAUGCUAGAGGUUGUUGUAAAAUAUUUGUAUCCUGCAUUCACUAAAGUAAAGAUACUGGCUUUUACUGUG